UUACCUACUUAGUAAAUAAUUUAAAUGAAAAAUAAAUUAUUGUUAUUAAAAAAAUCGUCUUGUCAUUCUGCUCGGAAUUUUAUAUAAUUUAAGUACUUAUUUUAUAAUAAUAAAUUAGGGUAAUGUGUACAUAAUAAUACCUCAGGGAAAUGCUAAUUAAUGUGUACCAGUAAAAUUUUCAUUCGCUAUAAAUACUUAAUAGAAUAUCAAGUUUCAACAGAUUGAUUUUAUGCUUUUGUACUUUACCUAACUUAGACCAAACAAAUCGGGGUUUAUUACUUACACCGCCAUUCGUGAUGCACUUACCUACUAAGUACCCUACCUACCUAACAAAACUACCGAACAAACAUAAAACAAAUGUAAAAAUAGUAAGUAAUUACACUAUAAUAGUAUAUGAAAGUACAAUAAAUUGAUAUUUAACUUUUAUACAUGUAAGUAACCUUUUUAAUCCGGUACCUAGCUACCUACCAUCCCACUCGCGUCAGACAGAGUACUGCGGGGCGGAAGGCAAGAGGGAAACCACUGCCCUAUUUUUCCCUAAAAAAGUAGCAUGGAGAGUUAGGAGAACGCUACACCGACAAGAGCUAGCCUACCUAGUCAAUAUCAACUGAGGCAAACCGAGUCGAAAAGCGAGUCGGAAUGCGCCACAGUAAUACUUACAAGGAAUCAUGUCGAUUCGUCGAUGACAGACACUACUUGGCCGGACGAGUGUGGAACGCUGAAGCAGUUACCAACGCAUCUCUAACGCCAUCUUUCUCAAAUCUGAGGAACAAACUUGCGGAUUUGCUCUCAAGGGUUCGUAUUGAUUGAACCGGCAGACUCUCUGGCGCCGAGCGACAAAGAAUAGAUAUUUUAUGCACAGAUGACAACUUGGAGAGUUUGUGAUAGAAGGUACUAUACUCACGACUAAGCAUAAUUAUAUUAUCCCUACUGGGAUAGUCAGAAGCAGGGAUGUUAUGGAGCUCCGUAACCGUAACCGAAACUAUCGGAUAUCCGAUAUAAAAAAUCAUCCGUAACCGUAACCGAAUCCGAAAUAAAAGUUUCGGGUAAUAUCGGUAGUUAUGAAAAGUUGUUUGGAUCGGCUGGCCGCUGCCAGUGCCGAUACAGAAGCCGCGCGCAUUGUUUGUUUUUUCUACUUUUCUUGACAUAACAUAAUAAUAACAUUAUCAAUCAUCCGUCCCUUUCCUUUUCAGCGGAUAAGAAAAUGACAGGUCUAACUUAAAAUAAAAUUAGGGGGUGUGAGCAGGAAUCGGGGACAAUUCCUUUAAACAAGGGACAGAAAAGGCACUGCGCGUAUUAUUUUUAUUUUUCCCCCUGUAGACCUAUUCUACCUACUCAGAAGGUUUGUUAUUUUCAUAAUCUUUGUCUAAGUCUGAGCGGGCGUGAUCUACGUCAUUCAUCCCUCAGACGGAGUCGAAAUCUAUUUGUGGAAGUUAUUACCAGCCAGUGAAUUAAAUCUAACAAAAUGGGUCUACCACAGCUUCAAACUUGCUGUUUUGUACUGGAUCUCAAAACUGGCAACAUUGUUCUUGGGUGCAUUAAUGCAUUACUGUCGUUCAUCAUGUUCGUGGUGAUGAUAGUGGUGGCUGUGACGGUGUCCAGCGCCGAGGACUCGGGGGUGAUGAAUGAGUUGGAUGUGGAGCAGCAGGCCGAGCUGACGGGGAUGUACGCCAUGUCCGUCAUCCUGGUCUUCAUGUUCAUGGCCAAGUUCUGCUUCGACGUCUUCUUCGUCUAUGGCGUCGUUAAGGAGAGAGCUGGCAUCAUCAGAGCGUACUUCAUCAUGUGGAUAGUAUUCUUCCUUCUAUCGGUCACCACAUUCUUCCUGAACGUGAUAUCCUACGGGAUGGGAACCAUCUUUACUGAGGUAUUUUAUAUCGGUCUCAACAUCUACGCUAUUCUGUUGAGCCACAGCUUCUACAAGCUGUUGAACGAAAGGGAAGAAGUGUAAACAACUUAAUUUUUUUUUCCAUAAAACAUUUCUCAUCAAAAAACGCAACACCUCUAAAGUUUAUGAUAUAAAAUUAUUGACAUUUUGUGGGUAUUAUAAAGUUUUUGGUUCAAAUCCCUUAUUUAAAAUGUAAUUAAACUCGUGAUCAGUCUCGGAUACUUACUUCAAAUAAUUUCAGAUUAUCCGUUGGUUGUAGAUAUAAUAUUUUUCAGAAAUUAUAAAAUUUAAAUUAGGUAUUGCUUAUUGCAUACACUUGAUCCCAGUAAGAGCCGUGGUAGCCCAGUUGGUAGAACGCUUGCCUCACACUUUGAGGUCGCAGGUUCGAAUCCAGCACAGGCCUAAACCAAUGAUUGUCGAAAUUGUUUUCGAAUUCAGGUUUGGAUCAAAAAUGAUUAUCACGUGUUCAGCGGUGAAGGUAAACAUCGUGAGGAAACCCAAUUCCGAGAAAUGCAUUUUCGGGAGGUAUGUGACCUAACCUGUACUGGGCUGGUUUUCCCGUCGCAGGUUGGAAGGUCAGACAGGCAGUUGUUUCUGUAAAAAACCGGACCUGUCAAAUCUUCAGGUUAGGUAAGCGGACCCUGUGAAAAACGGGAUAAUGCUAGGAAGUUGAAUGAUUUACACUUCUAUCUAUCUAUAACUUGAUCCUACUGGUGGACAAAGGACUCCCGCAGGUCUUUCUACGACUCAUGGUCCCAUGUGAGCACCGUCCAGUCCCUCCGAUAACAGACAAGAUCAUCACGCUAUAUUAUCCGGGGCCUACCAUAAAAUAAGAGAAUGAUACGGCUUUAUUCAUGAUUCAUAUUUUUUUUUUCUGUUUUAUUAUAUUGAGUAUGUAAGUAUUAUUAUGUAAAGUGUAUUUGUUAAAUAUUACCUGUAAGUAGUUAUUUUAUUACCCGUUGUUGUAUCGCCUCCAAGUUUUUUUAAGGCUGAUUCCUGCCGGGUGUGCAUGACAACCGCGCCGCGCGCGUCGCGAGUUACAUCGAGCGCUAGGACCAAUAAACGAUACGAAUGCUAUCUACGUAGAAAGACGUCAAAUGGCUAUUGGUCGAAGCUCAAUAUAAUUCGCGCCCCGAGCGGCGCGGUUGUCAUGCAGAUCCGGCUGGUAGUGGUUGCCUAGAAUAAAUCAAUAAGUUUCGCGUAGCAGUUAAACUGGCUUGCAGAUAGAUGCUUUUACAGCGUAAAAGAAUAUUUAGAUUACAAAUAACAGGUUUUAAGUGUAUAAUUGAAAGCAUGUAUUAAGUGUGUAGAUUAUUUGUAAAAUUGAUAUUAUUAUUUGUUAUUGUUUUUAAAUAAUCUGUGUGUAUGCCUGAAAAGGCAGUAUUUGGUGAUACUCAAUGAAAAAGAACAGCUGUUUGUAAAUACCAUGCACAGAAUAAAUUUCAUUUCAUUUCAAUAGCAUCAGAGUUGAUCAGAGCAAUAAAGCCACACAUCAGUACUGUUGCUAAAUGUUUUAUAAUUGUUUGUAUGUUUUAUUUGUGGGCAAUAAAGUAUAUUUGAUUUGAAAUUGUAAGUAAUCCCACAUUGACUGACUAGUUACGAAACAAUAGAAAAAAGGAAUAAUGCAUGCUUUAAUCAGGGGACGGAUAGAAAGAACUCUCCGAAAUUAUCCGAAACUUUAUGUCGGUUGCGAUUCCACUCCAUCCCUGAUAUAAAACGACUAAUGUCACGCCCUCCGCGUAAGUGUAUAAAAUAUCUGAAAAUGGUAUUAACUACUUGGCCGAACAAAUAGGGAGCGCUGAGGGCUCUCACCCGGUACAAAAUUUAAGACAACAGGCCUGAUGGUGCCUAGUUAUUGGGCGCGAACCUCGGCUCAGGGCCUCGUCUGAGAGGAAGAAUAUUUGAAAGAAUUAAUCGACCCUAGUGGGUCGAUAGCGAUAAGCGCUGAAUGAGGGAAAUCGUCGAUCACGCCGGCGGGGUCGGUAUUGGGGUUCUGAAGUGUUUGAUGUCGCGAGCUUGGCCGCCUCUAUAGCUAGAGUAAUCGGGUCGUCGGGAUCGUAUAUUACGGAAGCCAAACCGUUUAUCUGCUUUGUGUGUAAUCUAGGCACGUAGUUGUCGCUAUGAUUUGAUCUGUCCAGAAUAAAUGAUUAAAUAAAUAAAUUAAAUAUUUACUCAUUUA